CUGAAAUACGAUGUUGCCAAAUUUCCCUUAUCAACGAAUUUUUUUGUGACAAUUUUUUUUGUUUACAUCUUGUCACAUUGAAUAUUUAACAGCUCUCUAAAUCCAAGUCAAAAUUCUUAAAUUCUUUUCCUUCCAUGUGCCAUUAAAAUUCAAAAUUUGCAAGCCAAAUAAUUAUUAUUCUGACUAGGUAAGUAUGUCCCAGCAGUCAGAAAAGGUAAAAGAAUUCUACGCCAACGACAUCAUUUACCGCUUUGAUAAGAACAAGAAAAUCGUUUUCGGUGUGGUAGUGAAUACCUACGAAAAUUCGCAGGACGACGACGAUGAUGCUGGUGCCCUCCAAAAGGGCCAAAUCAGUGUUUCUUGGGAAAACGCUGUUGAGGAACAGGUCUGGAGACAAUCCAAAGUCCGGCUAGUCAAUAGAAGCAUAAUUCCUGGCGAUAUCGUUCGUCGAUUGGAAGAGGGCAAAGAAACUCAAAGAGGCUACUGUAAAGAUGUGAAGCAGUCCACCACAGUUCAUAUAGUUGGAACUGAUAAGGUUGUUGAACAUGUUUCCAGCGAGAGGCUUCACAACGUCAGACCCUUGGAUAUUGAUGAUGUAGUUUGUUGCGGGAGCAAAGUUGGGCACGUUGAUGGCAUUGACCAAUUAAUAACAAUGCAAUCAAAAGAUGGUUCAAUCGUCGAGUUACUUACUAGCAUUAACAGGGUGAUUGACGAUUAUUGGCUGUGGAAACGAAGCAAAUUCACUUUGGAAAUUUACUAUGCCGGUCAAGAAGUGAUCGGCGUCCCGAGCAAAUUCAAAGAACCCAAGUGGAUAAAAAAAACCAAAGAUAUGCGAAAAAACAUCCAUAAGAGACAAAGAUUUACUAUACAGAAAGUUGUGGAUUGUGUCAUUGAUGUGUCUAUGUACAACGAUUCUGGUCACAUGGAUCUGUCUGAAUUCACCCAACCAAAUAUUAAAACUUUAAAAGUGCUAGAACACCCCAGUGACAAUAGCUUGGAACUUGGAGAAAGGAGAAUAUUGAAAUUAACCUCACGCGAUGUUUUGUUGAAGAAAAAAGAGUGGUACAAAAAACUGUCAAUACUACAUCGACCAGAGGUCCCCAAAAUACGUCACAUAGUCAGUUGUAGUUCGAAAAUCAAUUCGAGAGUGCCCCGAAUUCGGAGUUCUUCUUUGUUGUAUCCCGUCAGUCCUUUGGCUAUUGAUCAGAGUCCGCCUGUUUUUCCUGAUGAUCCGGAAGAUGAGGAUUGGUGGACUGAGGAAGGAGAGGAUUCAGAAGAAGAAAUAACUGAAGGUGUCAGUGAAUCUUCUAGCAAAGAACCAUCCAUAAUUGAAGUCAAAAAGCAUUAUCCACCUAGAGCCAAUGAACUAAGUGCGGGUCAUAGUUUACCAGUUGAAAUUAUUUAUGUGGAAUCCAAAGUCACAGUCGUGUGGCAAGAUGGUACCGAAGAAAAAGAUAUUCCCUCCACCCAAUUGUAUUAUUCCAUAUCUUUGGAUGAUCACGAGUUUUUCCCUGGAGAAUGGGUAGUUAAAGACAAUGGGUCAAAGGAAAAAUGCUUGGUUUCAAGUCAGUACGGCGUUGUACAACUAGUUGAUUAUUUAGAAAGAACUGCAACAGUAAAAUGGUUCAGCUAUUCAAGUGAAGACAAACAAGCCCACUGCGUGAGCGUAGAAGAAGUGAGCGUCUACGACUUGAAAAAACACGCAAAAUUUGUCUUCAGACCGGGAAGUAUAGUGCGUGCCAUAUCGGCUGAAGAAGAACGUGUUGGCAAAAUCGUAGACAGUUGCAUAGAAGGCUUUGUAAUUGUACAAUGGUUGUCGAAAAUCCAAGAAAAAUGUUGGCCUCAGGACAUUGAACUGAUGCCCGAUCCCGAUUUAGGGUAUGCUGAAAGCGAAGGUUCAACAGAUGAUGAAAAAGUUUCUUGGGAAACUGAAAGCAUUGAAUCGUUUGCUGGAAGCGAUUUGACCGACGAAACGGUGUUGCAAAAUAUGGCGGGUCGUUUGGAUUUUGUUAGAUCGAGAAUAGUUUUUCUAAAAGAGGCCUUUAAAAAUCGUAUUAUUACCAAUGACAGUUUUACAAUUCUCAAAGAUUUGCUCUUAAUUUAUGAAAACUAUAGUUAUUUGGAUAAGCUAUUGGGUACUUCGUUUUUUAGUUUAAAAAGUAAACAUUUCCAGGCAUUAUUAUUACAAGCCAAAGAAAAAGCUAAAGCGCAAAAUAUAGAGUUGCGCGGUAGAAUUUUCUCAAACGAUUCUAAUUGGACUGUAACAAAAACGAAAGCUGCCGAACAGGAAAACAUCAAAAAAAUGAUUAAACUAGAAAACAAAGUCAACGCUGAAAUCGAAAAUAAAGAAUCUCCUUCUACUCCAAGCUUGCCCGAUAUCUCCCAGUCCUCUGACACCAUUUCCGAAAGCAACUUAUGCGUGGAAUUAUUGUCAACAUUAAAAAUCCGCAUGGAUUUGUCCUACGCAGAAAUAAUCAGUAGAAUUGGAGACAAUCAGACUUUCAGCGUUUGCACCAAAGCAACUGAAACUAUAAUCACUCCGCCCAAUUGUACACCCUUGCCAAGCGUACCGACUACUCCAGACGAUUCAUUUUCGAUUCUCAGUCCCUUGAAACCCAAAAAACCCCAAACGCUGCUGCCCACUAUUCCGUCCGGCGAAGAAAUUCCCGCUUCUGAAUGGUAUUCUAUGGUCGAUGAAGCACCAGAGAAUCAUCAUUUUUAUACUUCAAAGUUUGAGCCUGGCGAUUCACAAAAGUUUCUCAAGACUGUAAUGAAAGAAUACAAACUUUUGCAAGAUUCGUUACCUCCUAACGUCUGGGUGCGUUCAUACAACGAAAGAAUCGAUUUGCUCAGCGUAAUGAUUCGAGGUCCUGAUAAAACUCCUUACGAAGAUGGGCUGUUUUUGUUUGACAUUAAGUUGAGCAAUGACUAUCCUCGUUCACCGCCAUUGGUGCAUUACAUUAGCUACAGCUCGGAAAGGCUCAAUCCUAAUUUGUAUGUCGAAGGCAAAGUAUGCGUUUCGCUUUUGGGUACGUGGAUGGGCAAAGGUACAGAAGUGUGGGGUCCUAACAGUACUCUUCUCCAGUUGAUUGUUUCAAUACAGGGAUUGAUUUUGGUGUCUGAGCCUUAUUAUAAUGAAGCCGGCUAUGACAAGCAGACUGAAACACAACAGGGAUAUGAAAAUUCGAGAACCUACAACGAAUUGGUGAUAUUAAAAUUGGUACAAAGCAUGACCCUAUUGCUCGAAAAUCCGCCCGAAGUGUUCAAGAAAGAGAUCCUGAGCCAUUUCGAAAGAAAUGCCGAAAAGUGGUGCAAACGAUUGAUGUCGUUUUGUGACAAUUCAGUCAAGCCAGAUUUUCCCCUUCUUCCUGUGAGUAAAGGCCUGAAACUGUCUUUGAUUACUGCGCUCGAACAACUUCAGCAAGUUUUAAUAAAACCAACAGACCAGUAGUACCGUUGGUAUCAUUUCCAUGCUUCUCUUUGAGGAGUGCGACUUUACUUGUUUAUAUCAGUAUUUUUUUUAGUUAUUUUGUUUUUUUUUUUGCUUAUUUUUUUAGUUUAGAAAAAAAAACACCAUUGGUAUCAUCGUUUCCCUGCUUCUCUUUGAGGAGUGAGACGUUAGUAGUUGUUUUUAUUACUAUUUUUUUCUUUAGUUAUUUAGUUUUAAUUUUUUUCUCAUUUUUUUCAAGAAGUUAGUUUUGUUUAUUUAGGGUUACUUAUUUAUUUUUUGCUUAUUUAUUUAUUCCGAAAACGUACCUCGAAUAAAAAGUGAAAGAAGAAAUACAUAAUGCAAGUUUUGGCUUAUGAAGCCAUUCAACUGAUUUAGUGCUGUGGUAUGUAGAUUUAGAAUUAUUUAUUUAAUUUUAAAUAACUCGAGUUGUAUUGAGGAAAUUUUUGUUCAUUCCAUUUUCAAAGGAAAAUCAAAAGCAAUUGUUUAUUCUCUAGCACAAAUAAAAAUCCUUCCCGAAAUAAUGCUUGUUAUGUAGGAUUUUCUAGAAUUUUCUUCAUAAUAAAUACAUACUGUUAUUGUU